AUGGGCAGCGAUCGCCGCUCAGCUGUCACAAGCAGCAAAGGCCGCCUCUUCUACGGUCGCCAGUACACUACCAGGAGGGCGUUCAAAAUCCAUGCAAGUCAUGACUUAAAGUACAGCUUUAGCCGUAAUCAAAAUAAGUACAGUUACGGAUCUAUUCCUAGCAGCCGUAACCGAGGUCACCGCAAUAUUAGGAUUACGAGUGAUGACAACCAACUGUUCCUUGUCAGCAACGCCACUGACAGCAACGUCACUGUUACCAAUAUCAGUGACAGCAACGUUAGUGACAGCAACACCAGUGACAGUAACACCAGUCAAAGCAACACCAGUGACAGCAACAUCAGUGACAACAACUCUAGCGACAGCAACGCUAGUUACAGCAACGUCAGUGAAAGCAACUCCACUGACAGCAACGCUAGUGACAGCAUCGUCAGUGAAAGCAACUCCACUGACAGCAACGCUAGUGACAGCAUCGUCAGUGAAAGCAACUCCACUGACAACCACGCUAGUGACAGCCACGUCAGUUACAGCAAGAACCUGACGCUGGAGGCCUAUGGCCCUGCAAUUGUAAGCUGGUAUCCCGCUUAUAUAAACGAUGAAUACACGAGAGAGCCUCCCUCUGAACACCUCCUUCUCGCCUGGCAGUUCACGAGUCAAGAGGACUGUUCAGCCUUCCAUUUUGACUCCACGCAAGCAGUGCUUCACCACGCAGGUGCAAGAUGUGAAGCUACGUGGGACAACAUCCUUUGCUGGCCUCCCGCUCCUCUUGGCGCCCAAGUCUUCUUGCCUUGUCCCCCCUUCGAAGGCGUGGAUCCUACGAAACUGGCUUCCAGAAGAUGUGGUCUGAACGGCACCUGGCUGGGCCGCAACGGUGGUUCUAACCAAGACGUGGGCUGGUCCAACUACACUGACUGCUUCACGCCCGAUGUCCGGCACCUGCUAAACCAACUUUACUCCGGGUCGCGGGAGGAUGCUCAGCUGAAGGUGUCGGUAGCUCGCAGUUGUCGUGCCGUGGAGGUGGCCGGGCUGGCGCUGUCGCUGGUGUCGCUGCUGCUCUCUCUCUGUGUCUUCAACUUCGUCAAAUUUGUUGACUUUCGAGGUCCCUCAGCUCUUCCAUACUUCAGGAAGUCUCGGAACAACAGGUCGCGCAUCCACAAGAACCUUUUCGUCGCGAUGCUGCUGCAGGCUGCGGUGCGCAUGGUUUUGUACGCUGACCAGGCCGCUCUCAGGGGCGACUCGGUCGGCGUAAGCGCCUCGGUUGCGCCCCAUAGACGUCGCGGCAUCGACGCAACGCCAAUAUUGUGCGAGACGUUUCACGUGAUGUUGGAGUACGGACGUUCAGCGAUGUUCAUGUGGAUGUUCAUUGAGGGGAUGUACCUGAACAACCUCAUCAGCGUGGCCUUCUUCCAGGGACCUCCGAACUACUGCGCUUAUUACUGCAUCGGAUGGGGUGUGCCGGCGGUGGUGACGACGGUGUGGGCGGCGGUGAUGGCGGUGGGUGGACAGACUGGGUGCUGGGUCGGCUACUCCAGCACGGCCUCCUACUGGAUAUUGGAAGGUCCUCGCCUUACUAUCAUCGCGGCAAAUCUUCUGUUUCUACUGAACAUUAUGCGCACGCUUCUCAGCAAACUCAGGGAAGCAAACACUUGCGAAGCGCAACAAAUAAGGCCUCUGAGGCGUUCGGUGCGCAACGCACUCUGCCUACUCCCACUGCUCGGCAUCACCAACGCCAUAACGAUGAUCCCCAAACCUCUUGAACGCUCAGCAUUUGAGUUCGGUGUUUGGUCCUACAGCACAAACAUCCUUACGUCCUUCCAGGGCUUCGUCGUCUCCUGCAUCUACUGCUUCUUUAAUGCAGACGUUCAGAGAACUUUGUGUUAUCUUUGGCGUGUGAAGAUAACCUUACGGCCGAGAGCUCGAAGGACCACCACCCUCACAGUGGCCACUCUGCAGCCCCGAGAGAUGUACGGCAUCACACUCCGGCCCAGCACGACCCAUUACAAGUCCCGUAGGCAGUCAUCUCUAGGCCAGCAUCAAGAGGCCUGCGCAUGGGAACACCCCCCACAGACAGCUAACGUCUCCUGACCACCGCAAAGCCCAGUGUGGGGCUUGACACGCGUUAGACGUUGGACUCUGCGGCGUUCCCCCCGUCAGCAGUCGACACCGCGGCAGGUCUUUCGCGCCCCCUUCUGCAGGCGUUCAAGCAGCUUCAGGGAGUCGGCCCGAUCAUCCACUGGGAUCCGUGAACCUUCAGGUUGGGCAGGGUCGUCCAGGUCUUCCGGCAUGUCAGGAGUUGAUCGAUGUCACACAGAGUUUUCUCGGUCAUCAGGUAUGUCCGGAAUCGAUCGAUGUGAUACGAUGUGUAGAUCGUCCCGGUAUUCUGGAAUAAAUGGAAUUGAUCGAUGCUCCAGAAAUUAUCUCACUCGUAACAAUCUUCUAGAGUGACUGGAAUCGAACCCUGUCAGCUAGGAUAUCUCGAGUCGUUCCAAUAAUUUAGAAUCAGAAUACAAGGAAUCACUCGGGUGAUACAGUAUGUAUGGAAAUAUCUUCUCGGUAAUCUGAAAUCAGCAAAUCGAUCAAUCACCAGCGUUUUGAGUCCAAUCACUGGAGUUUUUUAAUCAUCAGAAGACCUCGAUACCUGCCACCAGCAAAUCGCUCCGAUCUGGUGCACUGAUUAAGAAAAGCGCACUGCGCGGAGCAGUUUUUACCCAAGAUUUUUUGCAGUGACGCCGAACACAGAUUUAGUGUUCGGGCUUCUUGAAUAUUAGAUUAUUAAGUUUACGUAAGAAAGAUGAGAUAGACUGACAUCGUCCAUUCACCUUCUUUCAUUUUGUUUUCGAUCUGUCACUACAUGGGGUUUGGCUUAAUAUUACAUUUCCCCGCAGAUCUCGAAAUGUAAUACUAAGCGUAUGUAAUAUUCCCCAUAAGUAACGACGUCGGCAGCUGAUAUUUGCCACACUGCUUGUUUAGGCAGCGCGCGCACUGCAGCGAUGAAAUCGUCAGCUGUGAAGCAAGUAACUUUUUGAAGCAUGCAGUCGAACAGGCACGGCGCAAAUGUUGUCGGCGGGGCAUCGGCUGACGAAAUUAUAUUUUCAAAAAACUGCAUGGAAUUCCUCCACGCUUACGUUACCCGAAGCAUCCGUAUGACCUCUUCCCAUGAGUUUAUCCAGCGUGAUGCAAACCGAGUCAGCGUCGUGCCAGGUCUCGGUCAGGAAGACGUCUAGUGAGCGCGAACGACAGAUGUGAAGAAACUCAUCAACCUUGUUAUUCUGCGAAUUAUUCUAUGUCAUGAAUAUAUACAAUGAUAUAAAAUAUAAGCAAACCGAUUGUAGUUCAGACUUUGUGAAAAGUUCAGAGCAAAUUUAGACUGUGAUAUAACUGUGGUGCUCAGUCAUUGGAAGCUAGCUACCACUUUUAGAACUCGUUCAAAUACUUUAUCUAAGCGUCAAACGUAAACUUUAAUGCCACUCUACAAAGUGGCUAGAAAAUCUCUGAUUAAUUUUAAAUCUGACGAUAAAAACUGUAAUUUGUUUCCUAGUCCAUAGCAUGAUAAUUUUAAUGCAUAGCAGAUGAAAUUUUACUUUAGGUGAUAUAUUG